UUAAAGAAGUUAUAAAUCGAAAAUUCGAAGCAUUGCGUUUUAAUACAAAUUUUAACUAAAAAUCAUUAAAUCAUGGCAAAAUUUAUUCCAGUUACAGAACAGAAUAUAAAUGUUCAAGAGACUAAAGAAGAGGAGAUAAUCAAAUCUGAAAUUGGAAAUGCGAAACAAAUUAUUGAAGCUGGAGGUGAUGUAGCCCAUAGCAACUUGUUAUCGAGGCACUCGCCUCUUCACACUGCAAAUCGCAUCAAGUCGGAAUCUACUGACAGUGCAUUAAAUGAUGUUUAUCUUGAGGAAACUAGCUCAAAUUCUUCUGAAAUCUCAAGCUCUAUCAUGGUAAUUCCAUCUAUGUUAGUGCUGCAUGCAUGGCGCAAGCAAAAUAAUGCUUUAGAAAAGAAGAUUGAAGCCGAGUGCUCUUUAAUAUUAGAGCACAAAGAAAGAGUUUUAAGGAUUGAAAAAUAUUUUUCUGAGAGCCGUCGUAAUUGUACGAUAUUGAUGAAGGAGUUGGAGGAGAAUAUAGAGUGCAUUAGACGCAUGGAGAAGUGUGCUCGCUUUUGGUUACAUGCACUCGAAACAAGAAGUAGAGAGAAAAUAGAUUUCGAAACGACGCUAGCGUUAAGAAUACAAGAUUGUGAGUUGGCCUGUGAUGUAUUAAAGCAAUUGACAUAUGAAUUAUUUAUCUAUAAACAAAGAAAUAAAAAUAUGAGAGUAAGUCUUGAGAUAGCGAAACAUAAAUCACAGAAAAUGAAGGAUGAAAUAAAUCUUUUAAAAACCUACAAGAAUAAAAUUGAGAGAAUAAUUAAUGAUAAAUUAGAAGAAAAUCUUUUCGUAAUUGAAGCGAUUAAUAACAUUGAAGCGAAAUCAGAUAUUGAAAUUGUACAACACGAGGCGGAAUUAUUAGUAAACAGCCAAAGUAGUUAUUGCAAAUAUUUUGCAAGAGUUGAAGGUAUCAUCUUAUCCAGCCGCAAAUUAUUUAAAGUUGUGGGUGCCGCAAUAACUUCCAACAAAGCAGCUUACAUAUUGUACUCACUUAAUUUUAUUUUAUUACCAGUGUUUUCAUCUCCCUUUAAUUUAGAAAAUCCAUUCCCAAUCUCAUUCUCCAAGUUAUACCUUGGAGUUUUUGAUUUUGGAUUAAAGCAAAUUCAAAAACGCAGAAAAAUCCACAAAAUGUGACCAUAAUAUCCUCUUAUCUUAAUAUAUUUUUUGAAGGUAUUAUAAAAU